AGGUGAUAAGUGCUUGGCAUAUCUGAAAUUCUAUAAAAGAGUGCCACCACAAUCUGUAGUUUGUCAGUCGUCAAACAAACUCGGAGCAGCAGUCGUCAGUGCUAACAAAUAAUUUCGCCUAUUUAAGAGUUUCGAACACCCAAUUAUGUCCACAAACAAGCUCUACAAAGUGCUGAUCGCGCAUACCGAUGUUCCCCCCGAGGGCAUUGAAAUCUUGAAGGAGACAUGCGAGGUCCUUCAGGUGACGAGUGAGCCCCCUCAAAACCGGGCUGAGAUUCUGGAGAAGAUCAAGGGCGUGCAUGCGGCCAUUUGGGGCGGUCGAGACAUCCUUAAUGCCGAGACUCUAGAUGCCGCCGGUCCGCAAUUGAAAGCCGUGUCCACCAUGUCCUCGGGCAUCAACAAUGUCGAUGUGCCGGAGCUCAAGAAGAGGGGCAUUCCCUUGGGAAGCACUCCUGCGAUGCUGACAGUGGCGGUUGCCGAUUUAACUGUGGGUUUACUAAUCGCCGCAGCUCGGAGAUUUCAAGAGGGCCGAAGGAAGAUCGACAGUGACAACUGGGACAAGGACCACCUGGACUGGAUGCUGGGCCAGGACAUUCGAGACUCCACCGUGGGUUUCUACGGCUUUGGAGGCAUUGGCCAGGCGGUGGCCAAGCGUUUGUCCGGAUUCGAUAUCGACCGUGUGCUGUACACCACCCGGAAUCGUGUUAGUGAGGAGAUCGAGAGGAAGUUUAAGGCCAGUAAGGUGGAUUUUGAUACCCUCUUGGCGGAAAGUGAUUUCCUGGUCAUUGCUUCGCCGCUUAACAAGGACACUCAGGGCUUGUUCAAUGCCAGUGCAUUUAAUAAAAUGAAGAAAACAGCUGUGCUGGUCAAUGUCGGAAGGGGCAAAAUUGUCAACCAGGAUGACCUUUACGAAGCCUUGAAAUCGAAGCGGAUCUUUGCAGCUGGCUUGGAUGUCAUGGAUCCUGAGCCUCUCCCAUCCAAAGACAAAUUACUGGCGCUAGACAAUGUUGUGGUCACUCCGCAUGUGGGCUAUGCUACCAGGAGAACGCGUAUCGAUGCUGCCACCUUGGCAUCUCAAAAUGUGCUUCGAGGAUUGGCUGGUGAGCCCAUGCCGUCACCCGCCUACUAAAAAGGAUCAGACUAUGUAAUAUGUUUCAAUAAGUUCCUAAAAAUUAAAAAUACUUUAAGAAAGUUUAAAAA